GUAUGAAGCUCAACUCAUCAUCAGAUGGAGUGAGUGAUGGUGGAAUCUGGAAGUGUUGAGCGUCCGGGAGGCGGUACGGUGCGGGUCCAGGAGACUCCUCCACCGAAAAUAAACCUGCAUGAAGGGGAAAACGAGCGAGCAAGCGAGAGAAAGAGAGAUAGAGGGAGGAGGAAGAAGAAGGGAAACAUCUCGAAAGAGUGCAGGGGGAAACAUACGGGAGAGAAAGAGGGGAGUGCCUGCGUUUGCAGCGGAUUAAAAAACUGCGCAAUUUCCAGACUCGCAUCUCUUCCACGCCAAAAUGAAACUCGUGAGUGGACACGAGAGGCUCGCAUCGUGGCACCAUUUUGGCAACAUCGUCGUUUGGCCAAAACUGCAAAAUGUAAUGAAACCGGAGAGAAGUCGUGAGCUUUAUGCGUGCUUUCUUGAGGAAGACUCGGGGACAAUUUUGCGCGCUGACGUUUGUCACAUCAUCUCCCCUUACUGUGGUUUCACAACGCAGCUGCGUACACGCCGACAUUUUACAUUCAUUUGCGUUUUGAAAUUGCACGUUUAUGGUGUUUACAGAGGUGAUGACGGAUGGCGUUCAUUCAUCGCGCGCGAGGAAAGAAACUGCGUAGUUGCUUGUAUUUUUACAAUGAGGACAUGCGAGAAGAAGAAGCCACCUCCCAGUUUGUCCCUCCGUGCGUUAGCAGAAUUUACUGUUUCACCAUGGCUGAGAUUUGGUUGGCCAACAUAAAUGUCACUCGAGAUUGUAAGCAUCACAAAUGAAACGCCUCAGUGCCUUCACUUAGCCAAUGGGAGAGGAAGGUCAAAGCAUACUUGUAAAAGUUGACCAAUAGGGUGGAUGGAUGAUACCUGCACAGAAGCAAUGACUGGAGAACAGAGAGCAGAAAACAGUGCAGCUCUCUCCACUCCUCCUCCCCCCACUUAGUGCUCCGGAAAGAAAGAGGAGAUGGAAGGAAAGACGGAGAGGAAGAGAAUGCGACAGGAAGUAAAAGAGUGGGGGGGAGACUGAGCAUCACAGAUCCUCUUCUUAACUUUUGGGAGCAAAGACUAGAGGCGCAAGCUGGUCUCGCAGGACGAGUUUUACUACUAAAGUGAUCGGUCGAGAUGAUUGACUAUUGGUGCUAAACUCAACUCUUCAAAAGUUUGAGAGGUGCUAUCCAAUGCUCAUUUGACAGUUGGCAGGAGAAACAGUAAAUAGCUUCUUCAUCGUGUUGGUGAGUGGCCCUUUCUGUUGUGCAGUGGAGGGCUUCACACUUGCAGCUAGUGUGGCUGGAUGAAUCACACAGCAGAACAGUUUGGUGGGUGCAGCACACGGGACCCUUUUCCUCUGGACGGUCUUAACCGUGGACCAUGGGCUCCCGUGGGCAGCCGCGCCUGGCCACCUCCCCCCAGGUGCUUACCUGGUGUAAAUCAACACCAAUUCCACCCCCAUCUCACUCCCAGUCACAUGACUGGGAUAAACCAUCCAAAUAAAUUCUUAAACAAUCCCUUACCUCGAGGGGACAAGCAUGAUCUGUCUCAGGCUUUGAUGCCAGGAUUACCCCCAAGGUUACCCCCUGCACCUCCCAGGCCUUGGGAACCAACCAGAACAGGCCAGGGAUAUGAUCCCUUACCUGGUGAUGAUCACAACAGGCUGCAUAAUAGUUAUAAUGCAGGACCUCCUGCACACUUGGCAGCUCGAGCCAAUCAGCUACUGAAGUACGGUGCUCCUCAUCCUCAGCAUGGCUCCAGGCCCAUGCCUCCAUUGACUGAUCUAUGGACUCAUACUCAGCAGCAACCCAGGGGCCCUCACUCUCAUGCUGGGCCGUUAAAGCGGCCAGGGCCCCCGUUGGGAGAGCACUCAGUUAUUCAGCCCACCCCUACUCAAUCUCUGCAUCGCCCCAUGGAAGAUUGCCCUAGCCCCAGCAAAAGAAAAAAGAGCUUUGAGCCCGAGCAGACUUUUCAUUCAUCCACAAAUCGAAUACCUGGGCCACCUGUACGUCUAAAUCAGCAGCCAAACUCACGUUACCCCCCUCACAAACCUGGAUUUUGGAACCCAGUGCACAAAGAAGAACCCUGGAACCAAUCAGAGCGAAAAAGCGGACACAUGGAUUUCCAGGACCAGCCAGAAAUUGGGCGUUUCUCAUACAAACCCCCUCUAUUGAAUCCAACUAUGUCUCCACCUACUAUCCCCCCCACAAGAGGCUAUGGACAAAGCAGAGGUCCUCCUCCACAAUCACACAAGACCUAUCAGCCACCACAAACACAGGGGACACCUUCUCAGAACCCUCACAUCCACCAUUCUACAGACCCCUAUUCCAUUAACAGAUCUACAGUCCAAGGGAAGCCAGAGAGUACUACUCAACAAAGAGGACAUGAUUCUAGGGGUUGUUCCUCAAAUAGCCAGGCUCCACCAACUACAUCAUCAUCAUCAUCACUGCAGGCAGAUAGGGAGCGCCCAGCACCCUCACCAGCAAACCACACCACUGUGCCUUACAGUCACCCCCAGUUCCAGCCUCACCCAGGACUGGUUCAUUCCACCAGCCCACCGGCCAGCAGUCCAACCCAGGCCACAGUACCUCAGCACAACCUCCAUAAACCCUGGAGGAACCAAGUUACACAUGGACAGCAUAAAGAGUCCUGUACUUAUUCAGCAGAAGGGGAUUCUCAGGUUGUUGCUCGCCCUUCCCAGGGACAUAAUAGGCUUGGUGGGAACAACCAGGAUCCAGGGACCCCCCAACGUGUGAGCCCAACUCAGGCAUCUGCCCGAGCCCCUGUGAUUACCCCAAACCUGGAAACUCCCCAUCCCUCUCGCUCACUUGAACUCUUUGGAAAUGUUGAAAGCAUCUCUUCAAUGAGCUCAGCACCACCUACCCCCUGCUCCAAUUCCAUCACUAUAAAUAACUGGAGAACCACAGAUUCUUCUGUGCUAAUCUCAAACCCAAAUCAUGUAUCCAUUAAUAGUCAAAACCUCCCACAUCCAAGGUAUCAGGAUAUCCACCCUGGUGUUGGAAACUAUUCACAGCCACACAGAGUGGCACAAUCUCCGAUUCAGCAGCCCACUAUUCCCCACACAGGACAGAGUAGGCUUAACUACACCCCAGUAUCCUCAGCUCCCUCCUCCCUAAACUCAGGGCAUCAGAGAUCAGGGGAGAGCGUCAUCACCAGCAAUACCUCUAACACUCCCCCAAAGGCAGUCAGUUUACACCUACAAAGCCCUCAACAUUCAGCACCUGUUACAGUGAACUCAGCCCUUCAGACAGUAUCCAAUUUUUCAUACACCACAGUGCCCAUCCAAGCUUCCUCAGUUUCUCAGGCAGCUACUGUUCCAACCUCAGUCCACCCAGACCCAUUUUUGCAAAAUGCUGCCCCAAGCCCUCAGUCCAUUGCUGAUGCUUUAAAUAAACUUGAUGCAGAGUUGCGGGGCCAUAUGCAAGCAGAGGAGAGAAGAAGAAAACAGGAGGAAGAAACAAAGCCUCCCAAUGAGUCAGCCAUCAAGAGUCUGGAGCGUUUUCUCUCAAGUAGUGCACCUGAGCCUCCACGUCUGUCUCCUGCCAAUGUACCCUCCUCCGCUUCACCCCCUAGUCAGAAUUCCCUUCCCUAUCCCUGGUUGAGUCGAGGUGGAGUGACUCCACGUCCUACUGGAACCCCAACAACUCUUCUGGAACGUUCCCAGCCACCUCCUCUCACACCACAGACAGAAUAUGCACGUGAGAAGCAAAGGCAGAGAGAGAAGUGGAAGAAUGGCACACCCUUGAGUCCUCCUUCCCAAAAUGCCACUGGAAUUUCCACAUGCCCUUCAAAGCCCGGUCUUGUCAGCCUCUCUGACAACCAGAACCACAGGACGCAAAUAAAACCUGACCCAUCUAAAAAUACCACCAUGCUAAAAGCCUCUCAUAAUGCUGGGAUUAUGGAUGCUUUGCCCAACCCCCCACCCCUGCGAGAGCCACCUAAACUUUAUCAGGCUUUCCCUAAGCAUACUCAGUCUUCCUGCACAUCAGUCGGCAUGACUGAAAGAAGGCAGCAAAAACACAGGCCUAGUGCAGGGCUUGAAACUCUUGGUAGCAGUGCUAACAGCUGCAGUGGUGACUCUGAUGGUGCACAAUUUGAAGAGGAACCCUCUGAGCUCUUGCCUGAUGGAUUGGCAAACAUUAUGAAGAUGUUGGAUGAGUCCAUUAAGAAAGAAGAAGAGAUGUUGUCUGGUCACAUUGGGGAACAGGCAGUACCAGAACUACCAUUUUCUAUGAAUGUGGCUCCAUUAAAGAGUUACUUACCUGCUCCAGACCUUGUGCCUGCCAUCAAACAAUCUCCAGCUGGCGAUUAUCAACAGGAUGGCCAUGCCAGUCCACCCGUAUUAAGUCGGCAAGGUUCACUGGCGUCUCCUUGUAGCCGUACUUCUUCACUCGAGGAAGAAGAGGACGUUCUAAAGGUGAUUUCUAAGUCAGGGAAUCCCAUUAGCAUGCAGUCUCAAGAAAGCAUUCUGGCCACAGCAGGAACAAAUUAUCGCCAUAGUGACUUGGCUAAGCUGUAUGGCCUUCCAGAGGUAGAAAAAAGUGAGUGUGAUGAUGAUGAAGAGGAAGUAGAUAGAGAAGAUGAUACUCCAUCUUGUUCACCACCACCACCUCAGCGGCCACACCUCCAUCAAACGGGUGUGAACAGCAUGUUUAAAAACCUUGCUUCUGUGCUUGAGAGUCAGAAAUACACCUAUCGUGGUGGGCCUUUUGGUCGCCCUCCUCCUUAUGCCUUUUUGGGAGUGAAGUAUUCUUCUUCCCUUUCCCUAGGACCUGACAUUUGCCGGCAACAACAAAGCACUUCACCAACAUCAGGUUUAACCAGCCACCCAGGCUUUAGCAGUCCAACCCAAACCUCUCCCAGUAGUAACUUGGCUCAGCCCCAAUCCCUCUCACCUACAGAAUGGGCAUCAGAGGGGAAGAUAAGCCAGUCAGAUCUUCUGGACAAUUAUGAUGAGGAUUACAAGAAAGAAGAAACCACAGAAGAGAAGCGUUCUAUAACUCCAAAAGAGUUAGUCGAAAGACGGCCAAAGCUAACCACUAUCUCUGAGUCUUCACUAGCUGAACUUGGUCAUAACUAUGAGAUGAACAAACACAUACUCCCUUCUAUUGACCACUCGAAGGCAGAGGUGCAAGAGAUGUGCAAACCUGAUAAAGAAAAAGACCGACAUAGAGACCGAGAACGAGACCGAGAGAGGAAACACAAACACAGUAGCAAGAAGCAUGAGGACAGGAAGGAGAGGAGGAAAAAGCACAGGGAAAAACAAGAUGAUGCAUCUCUUUCCUCCUCAUCGUCUUCUAGCUCCAGUCGACGACAUAGGGAUGGAAAGACACACAAAGAAAAGAAGAGUAGGAAGGUGCUGGGUAACUUAGACCUUCAGAGUAAGGAGUUUAGGGAGAAGGAACACGAGCGUGAUGGAGACAAGAAGAGAAGGAAAGAGGAAUGUGGACGAUCCCAGAGUGAGGUAGAAGAGUGGGCACGGAGUGAAGACAGGACUAGCAUUUCUGGGCAUUCCUCCGAUUUCCCAUCUGGAUCAUCAGCAUUAUGUUCUGAUGAUUUGCAGAAACUAAAGGCAUUGACCGAUGGGCCACCCAAAGAACUGAAGAUACGCCUUAUAAAGGUGGAGAGCGGAGACAGGGAGACAUUUAUUGCAUCAGAGGUUGAAGAGAAGAGGAUCCCUCUGGAGGACAUCAACAUAAAAAACACAGCUAGUGAAAUCAUCCGAGCAUGCAAGGGGGCUCGCGUGAAGGGAAAGUUUAAAGAAUCAUACCUCCUACCUGCCUUUUCGGUAAAGCCAGUUAUGAACACAGGGCAGCCUAUCCCACGAGAGAAACUGAACCCCCCCACACCAAGUAUCUAUUUGGAGAGUAAGAGAGAUGCAUUCUCUCCAGUGCUGCAGCAGUUCUGCACAGAUCCUAAAAACCCCAUCACUGUCAUCAGGGGACUAGCGGGCUCCCUUAGACUGAAUCUGGGCCUGUUUUCUACUAAGUCUUUGGUGGAGGCUAAUGCGGAGCAUGCUGUGGAAGUUCGGACCCAGGUCCAGCAGCCAGCGGAUGAGAACUGGGAUGCCACUGGCACUGGUCAAACCUGGCCCUGCGAGAGCAGCAGGUCGCAUACAACAAUAGCCAAGUAUGCCCAGUAUCAGGCCUCCAGCUUCCAAGAGAGCUUACAGGAAGAGAAGGGCAGUGAGGAUGAAGAGGAUGAGGAGGAUGAAGAAAUUAAAUCAGCCACUAACACUGAGAGCACAGCCAAUAACCCAUCAGCUCCAAGCUCCAGUAAUACAGAGCAGAAGGCUGUGGGAAAGAUAAUUAAAUUUGGCACCAACAUUGACCUGUCUGAUCCUAAAAGAUGGAAGCCCCAGCUGCAGGAACUGCAAAAGCUACCAGCAUUUAUGCGCGUGUCCUCUAGCGGAAAUAUGCUGAGUCAUGUUGGUCACACUAUUUUGGGAAUGAAUACAGUACAACUCUACAUGAAGGUCCCUGGCUGCCGCACACCAGGACACCAGGAGAACAAUAACUUUUGCUCUGUGAACAUCAAUAUUGGGCCUGGAGACUGCGAGUGGUUUACUGUACACGACGACUACUGGGAGGCCAUAAGUGAUUUUUGUGAAAAGCAUGGAGUGGACUAUCUAACAGGAUCAUGGUGGCCGGUUCUUGAUGAUCUGUACCGUGCUAAUAUACCCGUGUACCGAUUCAUCCAGAGGCCAGGAGAUCUGGUAUGGAUUAAUGCUGGCGCUGUACACUGGGUCCAGGCUGUGGGCUGGUGCAACAACAUCGCUUGGAACGUGGGUCCUCUUAACCCAUAUCAGUACCAGUUGGCAUUAGAGAGAUUGGAGUGGAAUGAAGUCAAGAAGGUGAAAUCCAUCGUUCCCAUGAUUCACGUGUCUUGGAACGUGGCACGCACCGUCAAAGUCACCGACCCCCUAACAUACAGGAUGAUCAAACAUUGUCUCCUCCAGUCUAUCAAGCACAUUCAGAUCCUGAGAGACCAGCUAGUGGCAGCAGGGAAAAAGAUCUCCUACCAGAGUAGAGUGAAGGAUGAGCCGGCCUACUACUGUAAUGAGUGCGAUGUGGAGGUGUUUAACCUGCUGUUUGUGACCAGUGAAAAUGGCAGUCGGAAGACAUACGUAGUGCACUGUGAAGACUGUGCACGAAAAAGCAGUCCUAACCUCUCCAAUGUAGUAGUGCUGGAGCAGUACCGCAUCGAAGAGCUGAUGAAUGCGUAUGACUCUUUUACCUUGGCCAUCGCUCCCAGCUCUCGAUGAGGACAACUCGCCCCUUUCCCUCACACAGCCAUAACCAAAACUCCUGCUCGCAGGACAAGUUGUUGUUUGUGAUUUUCUUUUCGACAGUAAAUUAACUACUACUGCUAAUAUUUGUUGAACAGCCAAUUGAACACCAGUUUACUCAGCAUUGUUUACAAAAAAAACAAACAAUUAGCCAAUAAGAUGAUCUUGUGUACCAGUGGCUAUAUGGGACUUCAAAAUGGAACCCAGUUUGGUGCUCACAGCAGUGGAGCCGACGCGCUCGUCAUUUCUGGCAUGCCGGUUUUUUGUUCGUUGUUUUGUCGUCUCGAAUAAUGAAAUGUGUAAAUGCUCUUUGUACUUUUCCUGGGGUGCUUUUUCCUCCAAUAAUUUAUUAUUUUUGAAACUAGAACAGCCUAGAUAUAUACCACAUUGGCCUUGUGACUUGUAUUUAGCGAAGAGAUAAAAUUAAUAAUACUAAUAGAGCUAUGGACAUUUUUCUAAAGCAUUAAGAAUUAAAAGAAAUACAGUUGUUCAGAAUGCUUCAAAACAUACGGGUUUUAAAGACUUGUUCAUUUUUAGUAAGUAUGGAAUGUUGUGUUAAUAAUGUCGAUUUAAUUUUUCACACAAAAAAAAAAAGAAAAUCAUCAGUCCAAACAUUCAAGGAUUGCAUUUACUUAUUCUGCAUUUUGUGAGAGUAUAAUUGUUCAGUUUUUCAUUUUGUUCAGUGAAUUGUUUCUCACCUCUAUACAGAUCUAUUUUCCUCAUUUUUUAUUGUAAAUUGUUUAUUUAAAAUGUUCCUUCUAUUUAUUGAUCUAGAAAACAUUCUCCCCUGCUUCAGUAUGGUUAUCAGAGAUGUAUUAAGGGUUUUGAUUGUUAUUCUAAUUCUGUUCUUCUCUGUAAUGUUUUAAAGGGAUUAGAGGUUUUGAUUUUUUUUUAGUCUUGGUGCUUUUACCCUUUAAAUAUCUUUACUUUUAUUUACGUAUAUUAAAUCUCUCAUCAUUGAUUCCGUGUCCAUAGAUUGUAGAGCACAGACAAGUGGAAUUUGAAUAAUUAUGUUAUGUUUUGUACACACAAUUGUUUUAGAUAUUUUUCACUUACACAAAUGUGAACACUGAUACAUACUUCAACACCUGUUUACCUUGGAAUUGGAGACCUGUUGUCUUUGAAACGUUUCAAAAUGGUGAUUUUUGCCAGUAAUCCUAAACCUAGAGAAACAACUUAGAGGAAUUAGGAUUAUGAACUAUUGAAUAUAUUUAGUGGUGCUUCUGUCCUGUUGUAAAUGCUGUUCAAUUAAGGACAUGUUUGCCAUGCUGACUAUAAAGCAGACAAUUUUUCAACAUGCACAGUAUAUAUUUGUUGGCUACAGUGAGCUCUCAUGCCAAUACCAGGCAUUUACGGAGUGAAUUAAGUUGAACUGUACAUUCUCUGUGGCAUUUUACUGGAAUGAGUCAUAGCGUGAAAGGGGAUUUAAAUGCAUUAUCUUUGUUUGAUUUAUAUACUGUCGUUUUUUAUUUACCGAGAUUUAGGGGUGUUAGCUUGAAAUAAUUCAUGUAUUAUCAGGAAAAUGUUGGUUUUACUUAUGAUAUAGAUGGUGCUGAGUUCUUGAGCUACUUUUUUGAUUUUUUUACGAAAUAUUUUCUUGUUGCAAUACACACUUUCCUGUUUUUCAGAUUUUUAUUUGAAUUUUGUGGUUAUUUAAAAUCUGCACUGUUUUGGAAUUCACACACGAAGCGAACUGAGCCAGACAUGUCUUAAACACUUUGUGAAUUCGUGUGACAUUGAUAUGAUUACUCUGAAUAAUAUUAAAUGCUUUUGAUAAAGUUUA